GUGAAGGCUACCAGGGCGACCGUCGAGCUCAAGAAGCGUCUGCCCGACUUGGAGAGCAGCGCCAGCAACAUAGGCGGAUCCAUGUUUGAGAUGAUGCUGCUAAUCCGCGAUGAGAGCGAGCGCAAGGCUGAGCUCCGCCGCGCUGAAGAAGAGCAGCGUCGUCGCGACGAGAUUCCUGCUCGCGAAGCCCGCUACCUUGCCGACAAGGCAGAAGCAGAGGAGCGCAACCGUCACGAGAGACUGGAGACCGAGGAGCGGCGCUGUCAGGUUAAACAAGAGGCGGAGGAGCGCGCCCGUCGUGACAAGGAAGAUGCUCGGGCUCGCACUCAAGAGCUGUUGCUCAUUCUGGGCGCUCUAACGAAGAAAGACUGA